CCGCGACUCGCGACGCCUGUGGUCCCUUUUCUGCUUCAAUUGCACGCUUCAGUGUUUAUUCACUCAUUCACUCAUUCACCCGUCAUUCGUACGGCGUAAACAUGCUUUGACAGCACCUCUCAUUUACUACAAACACACAAACACACUCCUUCCCACCAAUUCAUAGUCCCUUCGCCACUCGCGAUUCCCCGCAUCCGCGCGAUGGCAUCUCCACAACCUCCCCAACAGGCACACACCAUACCCUCAUACCCUCAAGCCUCACAGCUCGACUGGGAGCUCCCAGCCAACGGCGAAAAGACCACCCGGAGCGGGCCCCAUGCAUUCAUCGGCAUCAUCAGCACAAAGCUCUCAACCGCGCUCCCUGUCCGGCGCAGGCGUUCAGGAGGAGGCAGCGCAUACUGCGGCCUCGGCAAGAAGAAAUUCAUCAUCAUCGCCAGCAUCGCCGCCGUCUGCCUUCUCGCCCUUAUAAUCGGGCUCGCGGCCGGCUUGACAGCAGGCAAGAAGAACAAAGCGCAAAACCUCCCUCUACCCAGCAAUAAAUCCCCGCAGACCGGCGACUUCACAUACUACGACCCCGGACUCGGCGCGUGCGGCGUCGUAUCCACGUCCGAAGACCACAUCGUGUCCGUGUCGCAUUUUGUCUUUGACGCCGCGAGCACCGGCUCAAAUCCGAAUGCGAAUCCGCUGUGCGGCAAGAAGAUUCGUGCUACGCGCUAUCAUGAGGGUGUGGGUGCGCAGCGUAGUGUUGAUUUGACGGUUGUGGAUCGCUGUGUUGGGUGUGCGCCGACGGAUAUUGAUACGACGACUGGUGUGUUUGAUAUGUUGGCGAGGAGGGAUGAUGGGAGGGUGAAGGUGACGUGGGCGUGGUUGGACUAGAAGGGGGAGAAAGAGGGUGUGUGUAUGUGAGGCCGUAUGGCUUGGGAUGCGUGGACUAGGGACUUGGUGGUGUAUGUCUCUCUAGUCGUGUGAUGGUGUGUGUGGUCGGAGUUGAUUGAGGCAUGCACAGCCAGCGCAGGAUACCGCUGCGUAUGAACAUCCCACCGGUGGCAUGCGUGGCUUGCGCUGUCUCUCACGCUUCCGCCUGCUCAAGGUGGGAUAUGUCACACUAUACACCGCGACGCGAAGAUGGGUCAAUCCCACCAUGGCUACCACAGACCUCACGUCAACACUGGACACAAGGCAGGAGAACGCGGUAUGGAAUGGGCGGAAAUGUUGUUGUGCUGUAUGAUAGUUUGAUACCCCCUUUUUUCUCUCUCUCGCUACUUUCGAAAUUUCAGUUUGACAUUCGAAAUAUAGCUCCAUCGCGGCAGAUAAGCUAAUGAUCAAUACAAGAGACCAAAUCCAAGACACCAC